GCAUGCUUCAUGUAGCAACCUGGCUUGUUAGGCUGCUAGUGUGGCUCAUAUUUGAAUGAAUAUUUUAAAUAUUUUUAAAAAAUUACGCGAGUUUUAUAGCUAAUUGAGUCGUUGCCCAUCACAGUUCCAUGCGUUUGUGCGAAACACAAACCAGAGAUGAGGACUGUUUUGAUGGUUGCUGAGAAGCCAUCCUUGGCUCAGUCAAUUGCUAAGAUUCUUUCAAAAGGCAGCUGCUCCAGCCGUAAGGGCCUGAAUGGAGCAUGCUCAGUGCACGAGUACACAGGCAGCUUCCUGGGCCAGACCGUACGCUUCAAGAUGACCUCUGUGUGCGGCCAUGUUAUGAGCCUGGACUUCAUAGGGAAGUACAAUAGCUGGGAUAAAGUGGAUCCUGCUGAGCUGUUCAGCAAAGCACCGACUGAGAAGAAGGAGGCCAACCCCAAACUCAGCAUGGUCAAGUUCCUGCAGGUUGAAGCAAGAGGUUGUGACUGUGUUGUUUUGUGGCUGGAUUGUGACAAAGAAGGGGAGAACAUUUGUUUCGAGGUUCUGGACGCCAUCCAGCCAGUGAUGAACAAACCGCAGGGCAAUGAGCGGAACGUUUACCGGGCCAAGUUCAGCUCCAUCACGGACACAGACAUCUGCAAGGCCAUGGAGCACCUGGGCGAGCCCAACAGGAACGAGGCUCUGUCUGUGGACGCCCGGCAGGAACUGGACCUGCGCAUCGGCUGUGCCUUUACACGGUUCCAGACUAAAUACUUUCAGGGCAAAUAUGGAAACCUGGAUUCUUCCCUCAUCUCAUUUGGCCCGUGCCAGACUCCAACGUUGGGCUUCUGUGUCGAACGGCAUGAUAAGAUCCAGUCCUUCAAACCUGAGAUGUACUGGGUCAUUCAGGCCAAGGUGUUCAGAGGGAAAGAGACUCCUAUCACGUUGGACUGGGACCGUGUGCGGGUUUUUGACCGAGAAAUUGGACAGAUGUUCGUCAAUAUGGCCAAGACGACCAGAGACGCUCUGGUGGAGUCGGUCAGUAAGAAGGAGAAGGCCAAGCAGAGGCCUCUUGCCCUGAACACAGUGGAAAUGUUGCGGGUGGCCAGUUCUGCUCUUGGAAUGGGCCCGCAGCAUGCCAUGCAGAUUGCCGAACGCUUAUACACACAGGGCUACAUCAGCUACCCUCGCACAGAGACCACACACUACCCAGAGAACUUUGACCUCAAGGGCACACUCAGGCAGCAGGCCAACAACUGCUAUUGGGCCGAGACGGUGAAAGCUCUGCUCGCUGAGGGACUUAACCGUCCUAGGAAAGGGGUGGAUGCAGGAGACCAUCCCCCAAUCACCCCCAUGAGGUCUGCUUCUGAGAGUGAGCUGGGCAGCGACGGCUGGCGCUUGUACGAGUACAUCACGCGCCAUUUCAUUGCCACGGUGAGCCAUGACUGCAGGUUCCUGCAGACCACCAUCUCCUUCCGCGUUGGCACCGAGGGCUUCUGCUGCACCGGCAAGACCCUCCUCUCGCCCGGCUUUACGGAGGUGAUGCCCUGGCAGGGUAUCCCACUGGAAGAGGCCUUACCAGCAUGCGAGAGAGGAGAUGCCUUCACCGUGGAGGAGGUGAAGCUGCUGGAGAAACAGACCAGCCCACCCGACUACCUGACAGAGGCGGAGCUUAUCACACUCAUGGAGAAACACGGCAUUGGCACCGAUGCGAGUAUCCCCGUCCACAUUAACAACAUUUGCCAGAGGAACUACGUGACGGUAGAGAGUGGCCGCAAACUCCAGCCCACCAACCUGGGAAUUGUCCUCGUGCACGGCUACUACAAGAUCGACGUGGAGCUGGUGUUGCCCACCAUCCGCAGUGCGGUGGAGAAGCAGCUGAAUCUCAUUUCUCUGGGGAAAGCCAACUUCCACCAGGUCCUGCAGCACACACUGGACAUCUUUAAGAGGAAGUUCCACUACUUCGUUGACUCCAUUGCCAGUAUGGAUGAGUUGAUGGAGGUCUCCUUCUCACCCAUUGCUGCAACGGGGAAGCACCACUCACGCUGCGGGAAGUGCCAUCGCUUCUUGAAGUACAUCCAGGCCAAGCCGAGUCGCCUGCACUGUUCGCACUGCGAUGAAACGUACAGUCUGCCCCAGAACGGGGCCAUCAAGCUCUACAAGGAGCUCAGGUGUCCUCUGGAUGAGUUCGAACUGGUGCUGUGGACCUCAGGCCCUCGCGGCAAGAGCUACCCGUUGUGUCCCUACUGCUACAGUAACCCGCCCUUCAGAGACAUGAAGAAAGGUAUGGGCUGUAACGAGUGCACUCAUCCGUCCUGUCCUCACUCUCUCAACUCUCUUGGGAUUGGCCAGUGCGUGGAAUGCGAGACGGGCGUACUCGUGUUCGACCCCAGCUCCGGCCCAAAGUGGCGCAUGGCCUGCAACAGGUGCAACGUGGCGGUGCAUUUCUUCGAGCAUGCCCACAAGGUGCAAGUGUCGCAGGACAGCUGCGAGUCCUGCGACGCCUCGCUGGUAAUGGUGGACUUCCACAAGGCGCACUCGCCUCUGCUCGACGGCGAGACGCAGCACACUGGCUGCGUUUUCUGCGAUGCGGUCUUCCAGGACCUGGUGGAGCUCAAACAUGCCACCAUGCGGCACCCUAUGCAUACGAACAGAGGGGGCGGGGCUCGCAGAGGAAGGGGACGGGGUCGAGGGAGGCGGCCUGGUGGACGCGGGAAUCCUAAAAAACCCAAAGAUAAAAUGGCAGCUUUGGCUGCAUACUUUGUCUAGAGUGUAUGAAGUGAAGAUGUGUAUAUGUGUUCUGCACAGAAGGGAAGCAAAACCAAGUAUUAUGCUAUGGACUUUCUCUGUAAAAUUGGCAGUAACAUCAAUAAAAUUUUAGUUAAAGUAAAUUUGUAUAAUGUGCCACCUUCUUCCAUGUUCUGAUCUGGGCUGGUUUUUUGGAGGGGGUGUUACACAGCUUAUUUAUGUGCUUGUGUUACGUAUCUGGGGCAUAUUAUUUGUUUUAAGUUUUUAUUUGUUGUGAGAGUUUUGCAAUUGGGAAGCCUGGAUACGCUUAGAUUCAGGUUAGUAUCAGAAAACCAAUUGAGUGGCACAUGUUACAGCUUCAAUGGUUUUAGUCUCAUUUAGGAUACUGAGUCUCAUUUCUGUAUCUACAGCAGUGUCUGCGUGUAGGAUGAUGUGAGUAGUUCUCUCACAAACCAGUUUCAUUCACACCAGUAUUUACAUCCUGAUUUAUUUAUAUAUAAUAUUUUUUUUAAACUUUCAAAAUUUAUUUAUUAGUUUCCAUUUUUAAAAGAGAUUGUUUGCGAGGGUUUGCAUUAUAACCACUAGCACUAAAUGAUUUAUAACCUAAAAAAGCAGCUGCUUCCACUAGGCAUGUUUGUGUGUAGCCAUGUAAUUUCCACUAAUUUCUGUAAAAUGUCUUUUUUUUUUUCUUUUUUUUUGCCAAUAAAAUCAU